GAAAAUUUUUAGUCGGGAUCACGGGACUGAAGAACUCUUGCAGUGCAGUGUACGUAUCAUGAUUGGAUCAUUAACUCUACUCAGCACUCUUGUAGCUUUGCUUGGUCAAGGCCAAGCCUAUCAAAUGAGAUGGUGCACAGUUUCUGAUAAAGAACAGCAAAAAUGCAACGAGUUUCAGACUGUUCUGGAAAAACUGGGGAAAGAUUCCAAUGUUAACGCGAGUUGUGUUCAGGAUAAUAGUACAAUUAAUUGUAUGAAAAAAAUCAAAAACGGAGAGGCUGAUCUGAUUACGUUGGACGGAGGAGAAAUAUCUCGUGCAGGCAAAGAUUACAUGAUGACUCCUGUGGUUGCUGAAACUUAUGAUGAGGUUGGUGUUCCCUAUUACUAUGCAGUAGCGGUCGUAAAAAACAAAAGUACGAUCAAAACCUUAGAAGACCUGGAGGGAAAGAAAUCUUGUCACACAGGAGCGGGAAAACCAUCUAGUUGGGUUGUACCCGUUGGUACACUGUUGGCCAAGAAAUUCAUGACUCAAGACACCAGCUGUAAUCCGUACGUAUCAGCUGGGAAGUAUUUUAAACAAAGCUGUGUACCAAAUGUUAAGAACCCCGAUAUUGAUAAAAAUAAUGAUAAUCCCGACAACCUGUGCGCGCUAUGCAAAGACGAAUGCAGGACUAAUAAGGGAAAGUACUCUGGUUACAGCGGCGCCCUGAAGUGCUUGAUGGAUGAUGUGGGUGAAGUGGCAUUUGUAAAGCAUACAACCGUGCCGGCAAAUUCAAGUGGUUACUUGUACCUGUGUGAGAAUGGAGGGACUGGUGCAAUUGGAAACCACGAUAAGUGCAACCUAGCUGAAGUUCCCACUCAUGCUGUAAUGACGAGAGAGGGAAGCAGUGACAAAGCAAACUACGCUAGCAUCUUGUUAAAAGCAUCAGAUGAGUAUGGAAACGAUACCGGGUCUGUGUUCAGGAUGUUUGACUCAGGCAAGUGGGGCGGAAAAGAUCUUCUUUUCAAAGAUUCCACGAUCAAGCUUGUAGACGUCAGUGCUAAGAACUACACGGCAUUGCUUGGAUACAGUUAUUUGAAAGAUCUCGAGGCGUUGAAUGCAUGCCCAACCACACCCAUCCCAGCGACGACCACCCCAACCUCAGGAACCAAGCAGAAUAGGCCCUACUUUAUUGGUUCUGUCGUUUUCGUGUUGACAGCUCUGUUCCUGUCCGGAGCUGUAUAUCACUGAAAACCUUUACCAGAUAACUCAUCCAAGAGCUGCAGAUUCUAGAAGUGUAACGACUAGCUUAUGUAAUUUUUUAUUUGUCUAAUUUGGUAGCUAGAGUUUUCGCCGAUGUCACUUUGCUACAGUAAUAUAGCCUGAAAAUUCCCGGUAGAAACUAGAACUUUAGUUGCCGAAUUGCAGAGGUUCCACGCUUGUUACUCAACGCUAUUCGUCACGGUCCGACCGCGUAAGAAAUCUUAAUACAGUUGUUGACCAGCCGGCUGAUGUCGGCGUAGUUCAAGUCAAUGCAUUUUUUUUUUGUAAUACGAGUGUAACUGGCCUUGCAUGUAGUUCAUCGUUUUAUCCUUAAAAAUACUGAUAGACAAAGCUACGUGGAUAUUGAAGAUAAAACGGCAAGUGAGGUAUAACAAAGAGAAAGAAGUAGCUUUGUUGUUUUGUUCGGUAAACACCAAAUUCAUUGGAAUAGUGUCGAAGUAAGAGAACAAUGAUCGUUAUCUAGAAGAAAACAUUUUUUCUUUGUUUCGUUCGAAAGGCUGCACUAGAAAAGACUGUUGUGAGUUAUAGAAACGAUUAAGACGAAGUCAAUAACUUGAAGAAAAGGAAACUUACUUUUAAUGCUGUGUGAACAAGGAACGUAAUCGAAUGCUCAUGACCAAUUCUACGUUUUCUUGAAUAGAAAAGCAAGAAAGUGAAUUUUUACUUAUAAAAGUUUUUGUUCCUUUGUUUCACCAUGAUUAGAAUAAACAAAG